AUGGCCGCCCACAACAACUCUUCCUUCGUCGCCGCUACACCCGACAGACACGCUGCCUCGGCCCCCAGCCAACACGAUGUCGCCGUCACGCCCCAGAGCCUCCCUCCUCUGGCAGAUGCCACUGGCAACCCAAACAUGUCCGCCCCCGACUCGGAGAAGCAUCCCAAGGGGAAGAGAAAACGCACGGUGGCCAAGGACAAGAUGAUUCUCGAAGAGGCGUACAGCAGCAAUCCCAAACCCGAUAAGCAGGCGCGCCUGGACAUUGUCCAGCGCGUGUCAUUGAAUGAAAAAGAAGUUCAGAUCUGGUUUCAAAACCGAAGACAGAACGACCGCCGCAAGGCACGUCCCUUAUCACCACAAGAGGUCGCUGCUCUCCAAUUUGGAGGCAUGAACGUCAUCCCUUCCGACCCUAUCGUCAACACCACCACGCCUAGUAGGCCUGAGAAGGCAUUCCCAGUAACCGACCCUACUGGAUCACGAUAUGCGGAUCAUAUCUCUGCGCCUCGACCUUACGAUCAGACUCCUUCUAUGCCACGAACUCAUUCAGACCUCUUAAAUAGCACACCGGUCUCCAUUCCUCGGGACCGUGACUACCGCUUCCCCGAUGUCACUCCCAACCGUAUCGAUCCUGCUCUCUCUCAUAGUGCUCACGGUGCUUCCCAUUCUUUGUCCAGCUCCAUCUCUAGUAACGUUGGCUAUCUCGCCAACCGUUGGAACUCCGCUCCAGGUUCUUUCUCCACCCCACCCGCUAUGAGCCGUAGCGGGGAUGAUUCCUUCAGAUUUGAUCAUUUCCCUCCUUCCUCGUGCACGUCUGAAGGUUCCUCUUAUCCACAGAGCCAGUCCAAGGUUCGCCUGUCAAUGUCUCUAGAAGGCAAGGCUGAGCUUGUCUCCAACCAAGGCUCUCCCUCACGUGAAAUGCCUCCUCGGCCAUCUUCAACUACACCAAGUCUGCCCCAGGUGCGACAACGAAGUCUGCAGCGUAGCCAUAGCGCGGUUCCAUCGGUCACUCUACCUCCUAUCACGGCACUUACCAACAGCUUGCCUCCUCCUAGGUUUAUGCGAGGUCGGUCUCGUAACGUGCACGCCUGGGAGUCCUGCGCGGACGCAGAGAAUCGUGAUGAGCUGACAGCCCAGGCCGAACACGAGUCGAACGGAUCGGCGAUUGCGGCUAUCAACAUCCUUCGAUCCCUUGGGGGAGCUCAGCAGCCAAGCCCUGCUAAGCGCAACGCUCCCAUGACGAAACCCCAGCAGCGACCUCACCAGGCGAAGAAGGCUAGACUGGACCCCACUGGAUCGAGUAUCUCACGACUGGAGACGGAAUUGGAAGAUCUUGAAAACGCAGACAGGGAGUAUGGCAAGGUAAAGGUUUCCAUGUUGGUCUCACCAACGGGCGGUGAUUCAGACAAGGAAAACUUGAGCCCUGACGAGGAUCAUAGCUCCCCUGAUCCUUAUCACCGUCGAGUUCUGCCCCCUGCUCCUAAGCCCGUUAGCGAGAACCCCCGACGUCUCGGGCGAGUUCUUCAGGAGCAGAAAAGUCCAAACCUACUAGCCAACCGAGCAAACACUGCCCCCGCACGCCCCCGGUCCAUUAUAAAAGAAGGAUUGGAGAUUUUCGAGGACACGAUGAAGUCUGCUAUGCCUUCUCGAGAGAACGAGGUCGAGAAAUUCAUGCGAGGCUCGGUCAGCCCUAGUAAGAAGCCCGACAUGGAUUGUGUCGCUGGCCUUCUCUCCCUCAGCCAGGGAGCCUGGAGGUGA